CACAUAUAUUAUUUAAUAUGUAUUAGUCUUAUUUCCUAACGAGCUGUUCAACGUUCGAGCUAAAAAUACACACAUGCCAAAUUUGUCCAGAGGCUAACAUUAGCUCUGAGCUAACUUCCGGCUUCGAGCUGAACAGCCGGUGCGUAGCGCCUUAUUCUUCCAGCCGUGAGAGGAGUGAGAGGUCACCAAGAUGAGCUUCAGCAUGGAGGAGAGAGGUCGAGCCAACACCAGCGACUACAGACUCUUUUUCAAGAACUCUGAGGGCCGAUACAUCUCUCCUUUCCACGACAUACCCAUCUAUGCAGAUGAAGCCCAGAAUAUCUUUCACGCCGUCGUAGAAGUUCCCAGAUGGACCAACGCAAAGAUGGAGAUCGCCACCAAAGAUCCUCUCAAUCCACUCAAACAGGACUUGAAGAAAGGUAACCUCCGCUAUGUGGCCAACGUCUUCCCUCACAAAGGUUACAUCUGGAACUACGGCGCUAUCCCGCAGACAUGGGAGGACCCCCACCACCAGGAUGGCGACACAGGUUGCUGCGGCGACAACGACCCCAUCGAUAUCUGCGACAUCGGAAACAAGGUGUGCUCCCGAGGGGACGUGAUCAAAGUCAAGGUGCUGGGGACGCUGGCGCUGAUCGAUGAGGGCGAAACCGACUGGAAGGUCAUCGUGAUCAAUACAGACGACCCCGAAGCGGACGACUUUAACGAUAUCGAGGACGUCAGGCGACUGAAGCCCGGCUACUUGGAGGCGACGCUGGAUUGGUUCAGACGCUACAAAGUCCCCGACGGCAAACCUGAAAACCAGUUUGCGUUUAACGGAGAGUUCAAGGACAGGGACUUUGCCAUAGAAACGGUUAAGAGUACCCACGACUUCUGGAAAGCUCUCGUGUCCCAAAAGACAGACGCUGGCGACUUAAACUGCAUGAACACAAGCGUGUCAGACAGUCCGUUUUGUUGCUCCGCCGAAGACGCCGCCGCUGUUGUCGAGUCGACGUGCGCAUAUGGAGAUGAAGAUUCCAUUCCAAGUUCAGUUGACCAAUGGUUCUACUAUGAGAAGUGAGGAAAUCUUGGAUGAAAAAAGAUGCAUUAUUAUUUUAAUAUUUUGUUUCAAUAAAUCGAAAAUUAUUGAUAUUGAAAA